AUGUGUCUUAAUGUAAUAUACAUUAAUAUUUUAGAUGCUCAAAAGUGGAUUGAAAGUAAAAGAACUAUAAUAUCAAAGUAUACUACUCAUCAAAUUUUAAACAGUGAUCACUGUUCAUUUCAACAAGAAUAUAUCUCACCAAGAACACUUUCUUUUACUGGUGAACGAACAACAGAAGUGGUUGUUAAAAAGAAACAUCACUUAACACACUCUUAUACAGUACAGCCUGUCACAUCAGCUGAUGGCCGUUUAUUAGAUAAAUUCUUUCUCAUUCUUCAGGAGAAAGAAAAUGAGUUCGGUAAAGGAGUGCAAAAAGAUUUAAUUGUACCACCAAAUGUUGUAGUAAGAGCUUCAAAAUCAGGAAAAAACAGUGGUGAAAAACAUCACACUUUUUUAAAUGAAGUUCUGCGUCCUUUGGUUGGUAAUAAAUUUCUUCUAUUUCUUGAUUCUUGGAAAAUUCAAGCUGAUCUAACAAAAUUUAGAGCAGUAUUUCCUAAUCAAGACAGUCAAUUGUUGAUUUUUCCUAAAGGAUCAACCGGUUAUAUUCAACCACAAGAUCUUUCUUUAUUUCGCUCAUGGCGAUUUAUUCAUGAAAAAAUUGAGCAUUAUGUUCAUAUCAAUCAAAUAGAAAUGACUAUAAGUGAUCGUCAAUAUUUCAUCAACAUUCAUUCUAUUAUUCACAAUCAAUUAUCAGCUCCACAAUUUAAAAAUCUCAUUAAAAAUGGAUUUAUACAAGCUCGAAUAAAAAAUGAAAGAAUUGGACAAAUUGAAAAACCAAAAGACAUUUGCUUCAAAUUUUAUGAUCUGUAUUGUUCAAUUAACAAUUGUAAUGAACGAACAUUAUUAAAAUGUGCUUGGUGUGAAAAAACUCUUCGUUACUAUCAUUUGAUUGAAGGUCUGCAUCUACACCUAUAG